ACUCCCUUCGGUCUAUAUUUACGUGAGGAUUAAUACUGAAGGAUGCAGGAAGCCACUUGACGUGUAACACGAUCUUGCUCAAAAGUUUUGCUUCAUAACAAAACAAACAGGGCAAAAAGAAAGCACAAACAGAAGAUAAGGAGGAUCGGCAUACCCUCUAGGAAAAGUCCAAAGUGCUUCUCCCCACUGUUAUCAUUACAGUCCUAUCUGAAAGCAUUACCUUUUUCCUGUUUGGCACAAAGGACGCUGUGUUUGUCACCAGUUUCUGCAGUCCUUGAGAAAGGGCCAGCAAGUGGCCAAAUUGUAAGGAACAAUAGAUCCAGCAUAAAUAACAGCAUGAAUCUGAGUUUAGACUGGCAGCAAGAGAAUUUCAAAUGUUUGAGAAGCUUCAAGAAGAGCUUUAAAACUUAUUAUCAUUGCUAAAGAUAGGUUUUUUGCACACUUUCUAAGCUUUAAAGUUUUUAAAACUUCUGGGUUGUUAAUACUCAUUUGUUUUCCUGAGUUGGAAACAGUCCGAAGACAACAAUGUGGUUUUGCUAUGAAGGAAACAUGCUGAGAUCAGCCCGUGUCUCUGUCCAGAACUGCUGACUUCAGGGUGCACUGCUAAGUGCUUUUCAUCUCAUGGUAACCCAUGUGUAUUUGUGCUGCUGGGAACAAGUACAGCUCUUUGUAUGUUUUUGCUACACACAGUCACAAAUCACAAUGGCUGCUUUCUAACAGCACCGUAUAAAGUGGGCACCAGAAGUCCCUUCCACUCACAGAAUCACAGAAUCACCCGGGUUGGAAGGGACCCCAAGGAUCAUGUAGUUCCAACCCCCCUGCCUGGCAGGGCCACCAAACAUCCACAUUCAGAUCAGGUUGCCCAGGACCCCGUCCAACCUGGCCUUGAACACGUCCAAGGACGGGGCAUCCACAACCUCCCUGGGCAGCCCGUUCCAGGGCCUAACCACUCUCCUAGUAAAGAACUUCCCCCUAACAUCCAACCUAAAUCUUCCCUCCUUCAACUUGGAUCCAUUUCCCCUAGUCCUGCUGUUGUCAGCCCUUUUGAAGAGUUCACUCCCCUCCUGGCUGUAGGUUCCCUUCAGGUAUUGAUAGGCUGCAAUGAGGUCACCCCGCAGCCUUCUCUUCUCCAGGCUGAACAAGCCCAACUCCCUCAGCCUGUCCUCAUAGGGGAGGUGCUCCAGCCCCCUGAUCAUCUUAGUCGCCCUCCUCUGGACCCUUUCCAAAAUCUCUAUGUCUUUCUUGUACUGAGGGCUCCACAGCUGGACACAGUACUCCAGGUGGGGCCUCACAAGAGCCGAGUAGAGAGGGACAAUCACCUCCCUGUCCCUGCUGGCCACCCCUCUCCUGAUGGAGCCCAGGAUCCCAUUUGCCUUUCGAGCUGCCAGAGCGCACUGCUGGCUCCUGUUAAGUCUCUUGUCCAUCAGGACCCCUCAAGCCUCUCUUCCCAGGCUGGACAUUGCAGAGCGUCCAAUAAUGCUGAAAAGAGGAAUGCAGGAAGAUUAGGAAACUUUGAGUCCUGUGAGAUAUGUGUGCGUGAUCUGUUACAAAGAGUCAUCAGGGCAAUGCUGGAGGGAUUUAUUCCUUGCUGUCAGUGGCAGAGUCCAUAAACACUGCUGAUGGAGCAAACAGCACCAAGGCUGAUAAAGACACCGAAGAGUCAGCCCUUCUUUUAAGAUCAAUGUCAUCCCUCCUGUAACACUGUCAGACAAAGAAAUGAUUGCAGAAUACUGCAGUAUUAUACUACAGAUAAAUGUGUGCUUCAGUGGAACGAGAGGCAGAGCUGCGAAUGGGGGUGGGGUCAGAAACAGAAGUUGCACUCACAUUAUCUGGAUUUUAGUCCCAGUUCUGCCACAAACCUCCCCUUUGUCUUUCGUUGUGUCUUGGAGGGUGUCUGAGUGAAACACAGUGCAGUGUGCUCUGUGCUUGGCAUAGUACUCUUACAGGAAAUAUAGCGUAAACUUCUGCUUUCCAGGGCUGUGCCUACACACAUUUGCACUUCUGCAGCAAUACCAUUAGUUUGAUGAAGCUAUCAAAAAAAAAAAAACCAAAAAAAAAACACCCUCUAAAAACACACACAAACCAGGUGGGUUUUCAUUUCAAACCCUUCACCCUUGCCUCCUCAAGCAGUCAUGGGCUGUCUGAUCUGCAGCCUGUUCAGCACGAUGAAAGUCCCAGCAUUCACCUCCAUAGGCUUCAGGUCAAACCCAGUGAAAUUAAUUACAAAAACACUUUUCAGGAAACAAACAAUGAAAAGGAAAGCGUAGCACUGGAGGAUGCAAAGGAGAAUGAUGGUAACAAAACUUAAUUGCUUAGAACUGCUUGAAGGCUUUUUUAGCUAAAUGCUGAAAAGUGUUGAGGUAAUUAUAGCAACUAUGAUGAUAAAAGAUUAGGUUUUUUAUUUAAAAAAGUGAUUAAAUUGAAGCAUGACACACUGACUUUUGAAUAACUGCAUAUAAUUCAAUUCAUAGCAAUAAACUUACCAAGGGAAUGACUAACCUGUUGCUGAGAAUAAAGCUGUAAGCAAAAGGAAGUAAAUAGUAGGAACACUACUUAGCUUUACUAAAGACCAGAUUCCAGGCACUAACUGAGCUGCUUUGGCCUAAGGCAGUGGCUUCAGAAGACAACAUAGUGAGCAGCAAUAUCAGUGAGUGUUAUUUGCCCUCCUGGCUCCAGGGAUGCUCCAUUUCACCCCUUGCUGCUGCCUGCCUUCACUCCAGCACUGAACUUGGUACAGAUUUUUCACAGAUCACGCAGUGAAACUGAGCCCACUUUUGAGCAUGCACACACAGAUACAAGGAAACAUAUCUUAUCAGGUUAUUUUUUAUUGCAGAUCAUCCCUCUGGUCUGCCACCAAGCGUGGGCUCUCGGGUGCUGGCACUGACAACCAUCCCAGGGUAGCACAAGGUGAGCUGAAGCAGGAUGGCUGCUUCAGAAGCAGGCACUGGCUGGCCCUCAGCACCUCAAGUCAGCUUCACCUUUGCAAAGGGCUCAGCAAAGGUUUCACGUGAUCUGAAGAUCACCACAAAUAACCAUUGUUGGCUUUUGGUUUAUUUGUUUAACACGGUCAAAUGGUGAUUUUACCACUCACUUAACAAAAUAUUUAACCGUGCAGGAAGUGAUGGAGCUUUGAUUACUCAUUCACUAAAAUUCAGGAGUCUGAAUGUAAAUUCUCCUCACUCUCCCAUUCCUAGCAUGUCAUUACUCCAAUUAGGAGAAUGCUUAAGAUAUUUCAAUAAUAUCCCAUUCAGCUACACGUAUGAGAAAAUGCAUUCACACAGUACAAUAAUGCAAUUGUGCCUUUCCUCUGAGAUGGCAAAAAAGGGUUAUUGGAGCCAUUUUGAGAAAAGCAAAGGCAGUCGGACAGAUUGGGCACGAGAAAACAUGAAAUCAGAUAGCAAACAUGAAAAAAAGGCUCCUCUACAUUCAGAGCACAGCGCAAAGCCAACAAAGCCAACUGUGUGAGAUGAGAAACCCCAGCACUCCAGGAGCCAGAGGAAUAUGCAGAUUUGGGCUUUCUUUCAAACCAGACAAGAAAAGAGAGCAUGAGCAGCCUGGUGCUCUUCUGAUUCUCACUGAUGCAAAUGAGAAGCAGCUAUACUCAGGGAACUUAUCUCAGCACAGAUACACUACAGUAAUGAUUAUUUAAGUCAAAAAUAAAAGGGUCAGGCCUCAAAUACUAAGUGCAAAACCUGGCUCCCUACUUACUAAUGGCCAUCAUAGCUUGGUGGCACCAUUCUAAAGAACACCAGGUCUCGGUGACAGCUACUCACAGAACAAACACUGGGUCUUGUACUGCACAGCCAAGGGGUCGGCAGCAGAGGAGGCUCUCUUUGGUUAAAACAAAGACAUUCUUAUGGUUGCUAAUGUUUGUCCUAUAAAUACUGAGACAAAAUUCCUUUUUGGCCAGCCUGCAGAUCUGAUUAAUGUAUUUUUUUAGUUGCUUUUUUGUGACUAUAAAUUGAGAGGUGACAUUGGGUUGUAGUAUGCAGUGACCACAACUGCUAAAAAUAGGCCACAACAACUUAAUGCACACAUCAGCAUUUAACCACCACGCUUCCAUAUACCCCAGCUCUUUAAAGACCCUGCACGCAGACACACCAGUGUAUUUAAAGGCACAUUACCCUGCUCUGGUUGUGAAUUACCUCGUCCAGAGAGCAUGAGGAGACCAAGCAAAGGGAGCAAUGAGCAAGAGGCAGCAGAGCUGCUCAGAGACAUGUGGCUGAAUGCUGCCCCAUCCCACAGGGAUGGGAGGGCAAGUGCUUUCCCUUGGGAAAGGCAGCAUUCCAGCCCUCUCAGUGUUGCACAGCAUUAUUUUCAACUGCAAACAGUUUUUAAAAUAGCAGCCUGUAAGAUCAAGACAGAGAAGGAAGAAAAGGGUGUGAUGGGAAUCAGAAUGAUGCAAUUUCUAUGGAUUUUUUUCUUGUGAAGUCGUGAGCCUAGAAAUAAAUCUGACAAGGCAAAGUCAAAAUCGUCCCCUUUCCCACAGUGGACUGCAGCCUUUUUUAUCCUUAAGGUUUUCAGACUGAUGGGUACAAAGCAGCUCUGCAGAAGAAUUAUUAACUUGCUGAUGGGUGAAGGUACUUCAGCAGGGUUCUGGAACACAGGGCUCUGCCACACGGGGUCUGACCCACCUUACUGGGCCAGGAGAGCUCAGAGCAGAGCUGGCAGAGGCAGAGCCAAGGCUGUGCCCAUUCCCUGCCAUUCUCCUCUGAGUGAAAGAGGUGGCCUGGCCAGGUCAGAGGAGCUGCUGCUUGGCCAAGGGGGAGAAGACAGCUACAGGAGGUGGUGAGAAGGCCAGGGGAAGUCAGGGAAGAACUAAAACAGUGAAGAAAGAGUUGUUUAAUCUUGCACACAUGGUAGCAGAAUUGGGGGGGUCAAAGCGGGCUAUGAUUUUUUUCCCACUAACUUAAGCACACUUGUUGCCUUAAAAGUCUGUGGUUCCAGGCCAUGUGAAAUAUACUGAUCUUACCCCAUCAGUGGGACCCGCUGCCUCACAAACUAGUUUUUGUUAUUGCAAUUGGGAGCAGUUUCAGGCCUGGCAAGAAAAGGUCUGGGCAACAUCACCCUGCCCAGUGACGCAGUUUGCUAUUCUGCUUGGUGUUCUCUUUCUCAGACCAGGAAAUGAACAGGAUAUCAAAUGAAGAACACAAAGAGUUUAGAUGUGUGCAAGGAAAGUCACCAUUUAGAAUCUGAAAAGAGGCAAGCCAGUAAGGUGGGGAUUCAGCAGAGAUCUCUGCCAUUAAUGGUCUGUCCUCAGGUUUUCAAAAUGGCAUCUACCUGAAGUUAUUCAUCCAAGUAACUUCACUGGUAAGAUCAGCAGCAGUGGGCAGCAAGAGGUGAGCAGCACACAAUCUGUCAUGGCAGUGCUUUGUUUUUUUAGCUGCCUGUUUUAAUUUUAUAUUUAGGGUCUUUAGUUUUGUGCUUAUGGCACGAACUCAGCAGUCAUGCUCCAGGUGAGCAACUGAAGUCCCCUCCUCAUCCUCUUUCCUUGCAAUUUUCUCCCACCAUAGGGAUCUCCAUCCAUCCUUCUCUCAGCAGCUGCUCUGAGAUCCUGGGGGAUCACUGGAGCACUGGCAGUGCCAGGGCUGGAGCCAAGAUAAAGAGAGAUGAAAAAAAUUCAAGGCAUGGGGAAAUGUAUCCCUACUUGAUUGUGGCAUAUUAAGCACAAUAUCCCAUUUCUCCUAGGCAGCCCUUCACUCCUGCCUGUGUCUCAGCUACUGCUGCUGAAGCCAUUCCUACCGUAUCACUUCCUGCAUGCGGGGUUAUUUGCAUGAGGCAUGUUCCUGAGACCACACUGUGUGAUAUGUUUGUGCCCUGGAUUAGUUUAAUGGAACUGCAAUACAACCUGCAAACAGCUUCCCAGCUGGUAAAUUGUGUUUAAACAGUGGAAAACAAAUACGCUUUCUUAAUGCUACAUCUGGUUGCUUAGUGUUGCUCCUAUCUCCAGUCCGUUUUGCAGUGCCUCAGCAAAAUUGCCAAACAAGCUGGCCAAAAAUCAAUUGAACAGAGAUCAGAAGGAAAAAACAAAUGAGAUAUAACAGUCACUGAUGGGAUACACAGGCAUAUCAAUUUGGCAGCUAGUCAAACUCUUGGAGGCAAUCAGCCGUGCUCAUUAAAUGUCAGAGUUGUGAAUUUGCCCGGGGCAUUAUCAGCAAGGGCUUGAAAGUAGCCCAGCUCAGUUGAAAGAGAUUUUCUCCCCUGAAUUUUAGGUAAAUGGAUGAAUGAGAUGUCAAUAGCAAUUCCAUACCCCAAUUUUAGCUCCAGAACCUGAUUUUAGUUCCAAAAAGCUAGGCUGUAAAUGGGAGAGGGGGCAUGUUUGAUGUAGAAGAUUCAAGAAGCAGCAGAUUCCCUGCGUACACUCAAACUUAGAAAGAAACAUGCUGCUGUUACUGGGAUUGGUUUUCCUUAGAAUCACAGCAACUUAUGUGUUGCAUGACAAUUGCCAGGAGUUGACAUAAGAUUGGAGACAACUAGAGUGAGGAGGAGAAAACUUAAUUCUUCUACAGAUCAGCAAGGAAUGAGCAGUAGCUCCCUUCCCUGACACUGCAUGAGCAGAGCACAGCCAGCUGCUGGCACAGGGCAGGGUCCGCACCUCCCACCUGCUACCUUUCUCUUCUCUGCACUUCAGGUGGUCACUGCUUCUUUAGCUUCAAAAAGCAUAAAGUAGAAGACUCAAUGGCUUGAUCGUUUAUGUAGGCUUUGGGAAAAUACUGGGGGAAGAGUUUAUAUUGUGUAGAUAUGAGGGAAGACAUGCUUUUGGUUUGUUUGUUUGUUUUUUGCACCUGACAGAAGUCUCAGUAAUGAUAGGUUUUAAGCCAAUUAUUAUUCACAUAUCUCUGUGCAAAUCUGAGAGGUUUCCCACAGGCAAACCAGUUACCCAGUAUGGGCUAAGUUGUGAAAUACACACUUGGCUAAGAGCUUUGCCUCACUAACGACCUUGGAAUAUGACCUUUAAUUUUGGACGCGUGUCUGUAUAAAUAAGCCAUCACAAUUAGUCUGCACUGUGCUUGUCACAAAGACCAUUCAUACAGAAAGGACCUGAAGGUAAGCAUUAGGCAGAUGUGAUUCUUGUGGCAACCAAGCUCAGUGAUUUCUCUAUGGACACAAGACUUCCUUACCCUAGCACAGAAGUGGAAAACGGAGCUCAGUUUGUAAGGGGAAGAGGCUGAGAAGAAACCUCUGGGCAGAGAUCUCUGUGCCACUGGGAGCAAGAGCUGCCUAGCUGUGUGGCCAGGGCCCUGAGCACUGUUCAGAUCCCUACACACAGAAGAAUCUAUGCCUGGGACUUUUGUGUACUUGGUCAUUACAAAAACAUUCAAUAGACAGAUGGCCCCCUGCUUAAGAUGGAGUCCGGUAUUACUGUUGCACUGGAUGGGAGUCACUAUCAGUCUGACUAAUGCUGCCCGCUUCUAUAUCACAUUUCCAAACACACAAAUAAAUCAGUGCCCUUUGCUCCCAACAGAAAUGCUUGUGGGUUUGAAUUGAGAUUGGGAGGGUUGCUGACCUGCCAAGCCAAGUGCUGCUGAGAUAGUAGAGUGGGAGGUUGCUGAGGAGUGAGAAGCUGACAUCAGACACUGGCACUGGAUCCAAAGGGGGAUGGUAUCCAUCCUUCUGCUGCUCCAACACAGCAAUGCUUCAGGAGGAUGUGGCAUUUAUUUAGUGAAUGCUGAUUAGCAGUGACAACACCGACAACGUAUAUGAGAUCAUUAUCUCAGAUAUCAUUUACCAGGAAAGCGGGUAUUGGUUCCUCGCCUCCAGUACACCAGUUCACAGGAAAGAGUUAAAGUUGUAUAUCUGCAGUCACAAAAUGGGCAGCAAUCUGCAGCCUGUUGUCAGGUCAGCAGUUUGCCUGAUAAAGGAGCCCUGACCUCACCUGUAGUGGAAAGUCCAAAGUUAUCUUCAGGAGAUUUCAGGAUUGUUGACCAAAAAGCAAAAGUGCAGAAAUCUGCAUAGGGCAGUAGCCUAGAAAUACGGGCCAAAAUAAAUGUUGUGAUGUGGUGGAGGCCUCUAACUACCAAUAGGACAGCACUUUGCCAUGCCCCUCCAGUGUCUGAAACCCCAUCCAAAGGAUGUCUCCUUGAGUGGCACGAUCUGAGUCUUGUUGAAUCCAAGGUUCGGUGCCGCAGAUGCAAUGCUUCCUCCAAUCCCUCUGAUGCUGGAGAUAACGUCUUGCCCAUUAUAUUUACCGAAGCCUGGAUUUCCUCUAUGGGGGAAGUCCUUCUGUAAAAAAGCACAGAGAAUGCUUUAAAGAAGGAGCAGAAUGUGCUCAGAUUGUGAAGCAGCUGAUCUGAAGGCAGUGCAGAUCCUUAGGGAGGCCUGGGCCACAAUGGUUGACAUUUGAGACAGGAAAUGAUGGUUUAUUUAACUAACUGAACUGAAAACUGCCAGGGAAUUUAAACAAGGGAAACAGAAUAACUCAUGGCAGCCUUAGCUAAGUAAGUCAUGCAGGCUAAAACUUCUGUGGUCAUGGGAAAUACUGAGAGAUAUGUGACAUCUGUUAGCGGCAGUGGCCUCUGCUUUGUGAUUCAUCUGAAAGGUGGAUCAGGUGGGCAAAGAGGCUGUUCCUGCCUGCUCAGCACAGCUCUGCCUUUAAGUUUCUGGGAUAUAAUGGCACAAUUCUGGCACAAUCUUGUUUUGCUCAUAUAUGCGUGUGGUGUUUUUCAAAUGCUUUGAACAGUUUUACUAGUUAAAAAAAAAAAAAAACAACCAAGGUUUCUGUUCAAAUAAUGGCUUUCUUCACUGUUCUUAGCCAUGUGCAGGAAACUCUAGGAUUUUCCACUUUUUGUGGCAGUAAAUGAUAUCUCAGAGUUUGACUUUGCUAGAGGCUAAAGGAUCUGGCUAUAGAAAUCAAGCUGAGAGGAGAAGCCCUCUCAAAGUGAGACAACCUUAGUAACUGCAAAGGAAAUUGAGAUAAUGGCACAGCUGAAAAGCAUUCAUGAUUCAUCAAUUGGUAACCAAGGAAAAAAGAAGGAAAAAAACAGGAAAAAAAGAAAAGGAAGGAUUAAAAAAAGAAAGAAAAAGCGACUGUGAGCAUUUUGGGGGUUUCACAAAGCAAAUCUGACUUUGCCAGAACCCAGGUCUCAGGGCAGAGCUCCUGCAGUGAGUAGCUCAGUCCAUGAUCUCCCCUUUGCCCACCAGGCAUAUUCCUGUGGCCCAGUUCUUUUUCUCCUGUGCAUCCAUGCCCCGCUUCCCUCCAGCCCUGCUGAGGGCCAGACAGUCAGGACUUCAGGCCUGGAAUUCAUUGUCCCAGCUGCACUUGAGCCCAUUUAAAGGGAAAAUGGCAGGUAGCUGUCCUUCUGCAGAGCAGUGACCUUAACCUUCUUCUCCAGCCCACUGAGAGGGCAGAGUUGAGUGAACAGCCUGGCUGCUCUGCUGAAAGCUAUGGCCUCAGGGGAACUAACAUACUGCUGUUGUUGUUGGGUUUGCUGUCAGCUGAAUGGUCCCCAGCCGGAUUCAUUGCGCAACUGUACAAACACCGGUGCCAGCACAAAUAAGGGACGAUGAAACAGCCAGUGCUGCUGGCCAGGUUUCUUCUCUCUGCGCUGCCAGCUUGGCUAGCUGAAGCCAUCCACAAAUGUGGGACACCUGCUCCAAUUCGGUGAAUGUAAAACCCUGAGAUUAUUAUUUGAAUCCUCCCGCCGUUUUGCACAGAUCCCAGUAUUGGUUCACUUGUGCUUCACUUUGCUUGCAUGCUUUUGAAUGUGCUGCAUGCUUUUGAAAUUUGUCCCUGGGUGCAUUCAAGGCCAGGCUGGAUGUGGCUCUGGGCAGCCUGGUCUGCUGGUUGGCGACCCUGCCCGUAGCAGGGGGUUGAAACUAGAUGAGCAUUGUGGUCCUUUUCAACCCAGGCCAUUCUAUGAUUCUAUGAUUCUAAAUAUUCACGUGGCACUAUCAGGAGGAGAGUGCUUCAGAAAGAAUGAGUCUAUAACACUGUAUCAUCUGCUGCUGAGUGCCACCGAAGCACCUCAACCUUGAACGAUCGAUCGGCUGAUUUUGUGUUAUUUAUGUUGCCCUAAAGGCUGCGUUUUGAAACUUGAGGUGUAUGGAUUAGAAAAGCUGACAACUCAUUCUGCUCAAGCUGUUUAAUAACUCCUCACAGAUCCUGUUUCAAAAGCUUGUUUUCAAGGGAGGGAAUACAUCCAACUUGCAGAGACCAACUUCCUUCUCAGUUUAGAUGAAUAAAGUCUUGCAAAUAUUUAGAAACUGAUUUAAGCUAACAAAGUCAAGGAAAUCAGUAUUAAAACUCAAACUCCUGCUUGAUGGUCUAUUUGUAGUUCAUCCAGUGGUAAUGAGCCAGAUUCUUGCCUAGAAUAAAUAGGCAUAAAUCCACUUAAGCCAUGCAAGAAUGUUGAUUUAUGCUUCCUACAAAUCUGACCUUUAUUUCAGUAUUUCAUGGUAAGCUCCAAUCCUCUUUGCACUGCUCAUUUAUUGGGAUGGAAUUAGAUUUACCAAGGUAUGCUCAGACAAAAUGGAUUGCUUUUCUCUCCGAUCUUUUUUUUUUUUUUUUGUGCCAGGGAUAGAAUGGUGGGUUAUCUAGAUAAAAAAUUGUUGAGAGGAUAUUUUUGUUGGAGAAAGCAGUGACAGCAUCAUUCAUUGCAGCGCCGCACUUUAUUUAUUUCUCAAAGUUGCACUAAAUGAAUACAAUGAGCUCUACAAAUUACAGAGCCCUUCCAGGAAAUCUGAGAUGAACGUGAAGAACUGAGGUUGAAAUAUGUUCAGCUCAUAAACAGUUGCAUAAAACCUUAAAUAUGUGCAGCCAAGGGAUUUGCUGAAGGUGUUCUGGAAUGAAAAUACGUUUCUGUUUGCUUAACUGAAACUACAUUGCUUUAGAUGA